CGCAGUCUCAACACUCUCAUAUGCUCACACACUCUUACUUUCUCUCACACACCUGAUACAGAUAGCAGAGGACACGCCUACAACUGAGAUUUAGCGUGAGUGUUAGAAUUAGCAUUAGCAAUAACAUCUUUGAGUUUUUAAACAUGAACUGCAGGACGGUUUUUGUCUUUGUGCUCCUGGCCUUCAUCACCCUGACAGCAGGAAUGAGUGUUGAGCCACGGUGUCGCUGUAGUGGGCUUGAGAGUCGUCGUGUUGGGAAACUGAUCGAACACGUUGAACUUUUUCCUCCCAACCCACACUGCACACACACUGAGAUCAUAGCCACACUUAAGGGCAGCAGUCAGCAGAUCUGUCUGGACACUAAAGCACCAUGGGUAGUUAAGGUGAUUGCGAAGAUCAUGGCAAACCAUUCGCCCUGAACCCUACAAGUCUAACCUGCACUAUGUUGAGUGUGUGUGUGUGUGUGUGUGUGUGUGUGUGUGUGUGUGUGUGUGUGUGUGUGUAUGUAUGCAUGUGUGUGUAUGUGUGUGUGUAUGUUUAAUUGUCUGAAUUAAUAUGUGAUAUUUAUUUUUAUAUUUAAAUAUUUGUCAUUAUUUAUUGUCAUGUUGAUUUUUCUAUUAAAAAUGAAUCAGAAAUACA